GCGGGCGGCGGGCGGAGCGGGGAGGGUAUGGGAUGGGGGCGAUUUCAGCGCUGGAAACGUCCAAUUUUCUUCGGAUUUGUUACGUUUGUGCAUUUUCACUACAUGGGCUGCACUUAAACAGUAUAUUACUACGAUUGCUUUACACGGCACAGCUUUAAUUCACGAUGAAGCCGCAGACCGCGGUGCGGAGGAACAUGGUGAAGGUUUGGCAGGUAAGAGCUUGAAGAAGUUCAGGCAAUCAAGGCCAUUGAGUGUCUGAGGGCUUCGUUCCUGUGCCCGGGGCAUCUUUGACUUGCUGUGGUGAAUCAGCAUGCAUGCGGGGCAGUCCCUCCUUCCAGGAAGCCCCUAACCCAAGUGAAGUCUCUACACCCGUUAUGAGAGGAGGAGCCAGGGUGCCCCGCCGUGCGGCAGCGUGAGCCGGGCGAUUCAGUAUGGCAUCGCUAGACCUGCCGUACCGCUGUCCACGCUGUGGGGAGCACAAGCGCUUCCGCAGCCUGUCCUCCCUCAGGGCCCACCUGGAGUACAGCCACACCUAUGAGACCCUCUACGUCCUGUCCAAGUCCAGCAGCGUGUGUGAGGGUGCCCUCGUCCCCCUGGUGGGCCCAGCCGGGGGGCAGGAGGUUUUUGAGCGUGCCUCCUUUGGCAACAAGGAACACCGCUUUCCCUAUGAACUGGCGUGCGCUGAUGAUCUGGGCCUGACGACCACAACCGCCCGCUACAUCCCAGAGGUGGACAUUCCCCUGGGGGAGAUCUUCAUCAAACGAGACAUGACCUCUGGCGGCCCUCCCACUCCCAGCAGCGCUCUGGCGGUGGCCGCCAGUGCCAUGGAGGCGGCCUACGAGGAGGGUCUGGCCCGGCUGAGGCUGAGGGCCUUUGAGAGACUGGAGCUGGACGAACGGUUGGAGAAACUGUCAGAGGAGGUGGAAGAGAAGAUAACGGCACGCGUGGGCCGCCUGCAGGCAGAGCUGGAGAAGAAAAGCAUGGAGCUGGAGAAGGCCAAGCAGGAGAGCGUGAGGCUUGGCCAAGAGAAGCAGGACCUGGAAGGCAAGGCCUCGGAGCUUUCGCACCAGGUGGACGUCUCCGUGGAGAUGCUAGCCAGCCUCAAGCAGGACCUGGUCAACAAGGAGCAGGAACUGACCCUUAAACAGCAGGAGGUUACUCAGAUUGACCAGUUCCUCCAGGACACUGCUGCGCGGGAAGCGAAUGCCAAGCUGCGUCUGCAGCGGUUCAUCGAGGAGCUGCUGGAUCGUGCCGACCGAGCCGAGAAGCAACUGCAGAUCGUCAGCAGCUGUGGCACGACGCCCAACGGCAGCCUGAGUCACUGCAGCCUGUCGGGACGGAAGGGUAGCCGGCGCCAGAGGAAUUCCAGUGCUUCUGCAGAUUCUGGGGCUUUGUAUCCAGUGUCGACGCGACGCUCUCCCAGCACAGGGGACUCCAGCCAAAUGAAAGGUCAGGGCUCAGGGACCUACGACGGCGUGAGUGUGGACAUGCUGUCUGUGGAAGGGCAGUACUCCCACGUGGCGUGCAGGCUGGGCGAGGGCAGCUGCGAGCGUGGCGGAGACCCACGUGGGUGGGGGCUCCGCAAGCAGGCUCUCCAGAACUGGCAGCACCGGCCCUACCGCAACAGCACCGAGGGCGAAGAGGGAGACGUGUCUGACGUCGGCUCGCGGACCACGGAGUCUGAGGUGGAGGUCUGGGAGCUGGAGAACCGCCCCUCCGAGCCUCUGAAGUCUCGAGGCAGAAAGCCUCGCUAUCGCUUGGGAACAGAUGGGUCAGAGGGCCCCCCCCAGACCUGCGUGCAGGAGAAGGACAGCCCCAGCAGAUCUGUGGAGAUGAUUAGUCCAGAGACCCUGAAGAUGCGAGCGGCCCUCUUCUGCAUCUUCACCUACCUGGACACCAGGACAUUGCUGCGGGCGGCCCAGGUGUGCCACGACUGGCGAUUUGUGGCCCGGCACCCCGCCGUCUGGACCCGUGUGCUGCUGGAAAAUGGCCGCAUCUCCUCCAAGUUCAUGAUCACGCUGUCUCAGUGGUGCACCCAGACCCACUCCGUAAUCCUGCAGAACCUGAAGCCCAGGCAGCGCGGCAAAAAGGAGACCAAGGAGGACUACCUUAAGAGCACCAGGGGGGUCCUGGAGGAGGGUCUCGAAGCUCUGCUGAAGGCGGCAGGUGGGAACCUGCUUAUUUUUAAGGUAUCACAGUGCCCCAACAUUGUGACCGAUCGCUCCCUGUGGCUGGCCAGCUGUUACUGCCGUGGUCUGCAGGCUGUCACUUACAGGAGCGCCACAGACCCUAUUGGCCAGGAGGUCAUCUGGGCCCUGGGUGCUGGCUGUCGAGACAUCAUCUCCCUACAGGUGGCCCCACUUUACCCAUGCCAGCAGCCAGCCCGCUUUAGCAAUCGAUGCCUGCAGACCAUUGGCCGAUGCUGGCCACACCUGAGAGCUCUGGGCGUGGGUGGGGCUGGCUGUGGCAUUCAAGGCCUUGCGUCUUUAGCACGCAACUGUGUGCACCUCCAGGUUCUGGAGCUGGACCAUGUGAGUGAGAUCAACCAGGAGGUGGCAGCCGAGGUGUGCAGGGAGGGGCUGAAGGGCCUGGAGAUGCUGGUGUUGACAUCUACCCCAGUCACACCCAAGGCCUUGCUGCACUUCAACAGCGUGUGCCGUAACCUGAAGUCCAUCGUGGUGCAGAUUGGGAUCGCAGACUAUUUUGAAGAUCCCAACAGCCCUGAAGCCAGGAAGCUGUUUGACGAGAUGGUGAACAAGCUUCAGGCCUUGAGGAAAAGACCAGGUUUCUCGCAGAUCCUGCAUGUGAAGGCGGAUGGCACGUGUUAAUGCCCUCUCUGGGCCGUGCGAAGCUGGCUUUCUUUCACAGACUGAUUGAUCUCCACUCCGACUGACUGACAAAGCAAACCGACAACGACAAGUGAGCUCAGGAGGCUGACCACGGGACUCAGCCGGCCCCCGUGGACAUGUGCUCAGGGCACAAUCGGGGCUUCCUUUGGCCCUCGGAGCUGGCCCUCAGCAGGCCUUCGGUGAUCGUAUAGGUCGGCCACAGCAGAGAUUAGCAGCGCAGUGCUGUGGAGCUGCCAAUCUCUCAUGGUUCUGGAGCAAGACAGGGCUGACCUUCAUCUCUGAGAAGCUUGGGGGUGCAUCUGAGUCAUGUCCAUGGUCCUGCAGCACAGGCAGACACUUCGGUGGACAGCCUUGGUCUGCACCGAGACCUGCAAUGCACCCUUAUUGCUGUACAUCCCUGUCAGUGACCUUGUCUGCUCUGGUGUAGUUCUGGAAGCCCUUGGUUCAUUCAUUAGUAACUACUACAUGUAUUAACACUCCGAAAGUGAGGCAGAGGGAAUAUAACAAGUUCGCCAGGGGAUAAGGGUUUUAUUUCAGGUACUGGGAGAUUCUUGGCCUGUUCAGUAGUAGGUGAUGGAGAUGUUAGACCUCAGUGCCAUAAAUCACCAGAAUCUUCUGUGCCCUGGAGUCUCUUGCAGGUCCUGUGUUGCUGGAGGGCCAUGUUGGGUUUCAUGGACCCUUGUCUGCCUGCUGUAAUGUUCUUCAUUGGUGAAUUGACAGAAUAUGCAGUGAAUAUUAUGUUCUCAAUGUUUCUUUAUUGUAAAGAAAAAAAAUGUACAGCGUGACUUGCAUUCAGGGCCAAAGGUGAUGAAUCAGCCUCCCCUUGGUUGGGGUUUGGGU